AUGUCCCUCCCAAACGCAGAGGCAAGCUCCUCGAAGCACAACCACAAGCACAGCCGCGACGCAAGCACAAAGGUCUCAAAGUCCAAGUCUUCAAAGCAUGCAGCGGACAGCAAGAAGAGCAGCAAGAAGAGUAGCAGUAAGAAGACUGCUGCCGCCGCCGCCGAUGGCCCCUUUGAGCACCGCGUCCAGCACAUGCGUCUGAGCGUCCCACCAAAGUUCUCUGCGGACUGGCUCGAGGGUGUCCGCGAGACUCUCAACAGCAUGCUCAUGCAGUACGUUGGCCAGCUCGGUGGUGUCCUCCUGGCCCAUUGGGAGCACGAGUUUGCCGACGACACCGUCAAGCUCAUCAACGAGUGCCCCUUUGGCGUCGUCGAGGUGCAGUUCCACUCGAUCGUGUGGGCUCCCAAAGUGGGCCAGCUGCUGUCGGGCACCCACUCGCUCUCGUCUCCUUCCCACCUGUCCCUCCUCUUCUCCAAGACCUUCAACGUCUCGAUUCCGCUCAACCACAUCCCCCAGGACAAGUACGAGUUUGAGCACACGGACGAGGGAGCCGACGAGGACGACAUGUCGAGCGACGAUGAGAGCGACGAUGGCGGUCUGUCGACCCCGUCGGCCGUUCACGAGGUCGGCCGCUGGAAGGACAAGAGCACCGGUGCCAUCCUCGGCAGCGCUGGUGAGCGCGUGGCCUUUACCGUCAUUGGUAUGCAGGUGACCAACAACAUGCUCUCGCUCACGGGCUCGCUCCUCGCCGACCCGUCCAAGGCCCCCGCCAUGCCCACUGUUGUCGCCUCUGCUGUCGCACGCUCGCCGUCCCCCGACCUCCCCGAGCCUCCCGCCAAGCGCCAGGCAACUGCCAAGGUCGCCGCUCCCAGGGCCACCAAGGCCCCUGCUGCUGCUCGUAAGAGCGCGGCUCCUCCAGUGCCCGAGGUCGACACGAGCAACAUGAACGCCCGUGAGCUCAAAAAGUUCCGCAAGGAGCAGGACAAGCUCAAGCGCGACGCCCGCAAGGCCCGCAAGGGAGACGCUGGUGGUGGCGACGAGGAGAAGGAGGACGCGGAUGCCAGGGACCUGGAGGUGUCGACUGGCGGCAAGCGCAAGGCGGAGGACCAAGGUGGAGAGCGCAAGAAGAAGCGCACAGACUAG